ACCUUCUCUGACCAAUCCUGACUUCUUCUUCUUGUCUCUUUGUUCCUUGCUCACCAAGAAUCUCUUAUCUCUUCUUCUUCCUUCUUUCAGUUGCUAUGCCUCCGACCUACUUCCCUCUCCGGUGGGAGAGCACCGGCGAUCAGUGGUGGUACGCUACACCUAUCGACUACGCCGCCGCCAACUGCCAGUACGACCUAGUCCGUGAGCUUCUCCGAAUAGACUCCAACAACCUCAUGAAACUCACUUCCCUCCGCAGAAUCCGCCGCCUCGAGACCGUCUGGGACGACGACGAGUCCCACUUCCACGACGUCGCCGCGUGCAGGUCACGCGUAGCCAGAAAACUCCUCGCCUCCUGCGACGAAGAAGGCUCCGAGUCCAACACUCUCAUCCGUUCCGGCUACGCCGGCUGGCUUAUGUACACGGCGGCCUCCGCCGGAGAUCUAGGCUUCGUUCGCCAUCUCCUCGAGAGGAACCCUCUGUUCGUGUUCGGCGAAGGAGAGUACGGUGUCACUGACAUACUCUACGCCGCUGCGAGAAGUAAAAACCACGAUGUGUUCCGUCUGGUUUACGAUUUCGCGGUUAGUCCGAGGUUCGAAACCGGCGGUUUUGAUCAGGGAAACGGUGAUAUUCCGGAGGCUUAUAAGAGGGAGAUGAAGAACAGAGCGGUUCACUCUGCUUCUAGAGGAGGCAAUCUUGUUAUUCUCGGAGAGCUUCUUAGUGAUUUCUCUGUUGAAGAUGUCUUAACCUUCCGUGAUAAACAAGGCUCCACCAUCCUCCACGCAGCCGCCGGAAAAGGAAAAACUCUGGUGGUUAAAGAGCUUGUGGCUUCAUACGGCUCUUUAAUAAUAAACGCCAUAGACAGCCAAGGGAACACGGCUCUACACGUGGCAGCCUACCGUGGCCACGCUGAUCUCGUUGAAGCUCUGAUCUCAGCCUCUCCAUCUUUAAUCUCCGCCAGAAACAAAGCUGGCGACACUUUCCUCCACGCCGGGAUCUCCGGUUUCCAGACCCCGGCGUUCGAGAGGCUUGACAAGCAUGCUGAGCUCAUGAACCGUCUCAUAACCUCCGCUGCCUCAAACUCCCCCUGCGAUGUCGUUAACUGCAGGAACAACGAGGGACGUACGGCUCUUCACAUGGCGAUCUCUGGGAACGUUCCUCUUGAGUUCGUUGAGAUGCUUAUGUCUGUGAAAUCGAUUGAUAUUAACGUCAAGGAUGGUUCUGGUAUGACUCCGCUUGAUCUCAUUAGGCAUAAGCCGCAGUCUCCGACGUCUGAUAUACUGUUCCGACGGUUGGUUUCAGCCGGAGGGAUGUUGAGUUGUCGUGAUCAGAGGAGUAUAACAAGUGUGGUCGCGUCUCAGUUGAAAGAUAGAGGGAAUUUUUAUAGCCCUGGAGCUCGGUUUAGGACAUCUGACGCUGAGAUAUUCUUGAGCACGAGAGUUGAAGCUGUGCCUAGUAGGCACGUGAGAUCAAGCUCUUGUUCUAUUGAGAGUUGUCAGGUUAACGUGACGGAUGAGAAUCAUCAUCUCAAGAAGUGUAGAAACGCUUCUGUUAACUCUGCGACGGAGAGACUAAAGAGCGUUUUCCACUGGCCACGGACCAAGAAACAAACCGGACAUUCCAAGAACGAUUCUGAGAUUAGUAUCGCGUCGACAGUUCUUGAGACGCAAGAAACUCCUCCUGUGCCUCUCCGACAGAGAUUUUCAAAAAGCAGCACUUCGUCGUCUCCUGCUCUUCCUAGUAAUAAUAAUAAAAGGACUUUAUCGGUGAGAAGUAACCAGUCGAGUCCAAGAGCCAAGAAAAAGCGGUUUGGUUCGGUACGAUCUCGUUCAAGCUCUUUUUCGAAAAUUUCAUUCCACUCUUCUUCGGCUUCUUCAACGUCAAGCAUGGUUGAUGUUAAGCAGAAGGGAGUGUUGAUUGAUACGGAUAUAGCCGGACCGUCUGGAAUUAACCGGGCAGAGGCGGUGAAAAGUAAAAAGGUAAAAGAGAAGGGGAGGAGGAGACAUUACUUCUGCUUUGGUGCUUCAGCUUUGUCUGUGAAAACACCAGCUACUGUCUUGGUAUAAUCCGGUUUUUAAAACCCGGUUUGGCGAACAACAGAAAUAUUGUAGUGUAUUUGCUAAAGUUGAGUUACCUGCUGUUUUGGUUUCUAGCACCAUGUAGUCUAAAGAAAACUCCUUGCCAGUUCAGUGAUUGAUUCGAAAUAAUAAUUAAGGUCUCUUUUGAAAUAAUUAAUGUAAGUAUAUCCUUUUACUAAUGGAAUCUAUAAA